AUGCCCUUCGCCAUGGAGUGGAGCACGAGUCUGCUGCUGUUCGGAGCAGCUUCUCUGCUCUAUCUCGUCGCCGUCGCCGUUUCCAGAGUCUACUUCGGUCCCUUGGUCGGCUUUCCGGGGUCGAAGCUCGCGGCUCUAACAUUAUGGAACGAGUUCUACUGGGACGUCGUCAAGCGGGGGACUUUCAUCUGGCGCAUCGAGGAGAUGCACCGGAAGUACGGCCCCAUCGUCCGGAUCAACCCGUACGAGCUGCACAUCGUCGACCCCGACUUCUACGACGAGCUCUACUCGCCCGGCCACAAGUCGGACAAGUACCGAUGGUGGACCAACCUCGCCGGCGCCGACGGCAGCUCGUUCUCGACGGUGCCGCACGACCUACACCGCCUGCGCCGCGGCGCCCUGAACCCUUUUUUCUCGGCGCGCUCCGUCGCCCGCCUCGAGCCGCUGAUCCGAAGCAAGGUGGACAAGCUGUCGGCGCGGUUCUCGGAGCUCGCCAAGACGGGCGAGGUCGUGCGGCUGGACGCGGCCUUCAUGGCGCUGACGAUGGACGUCAUCUGUGACUACGCCUUCGCCCAUGACCGCCGGUACCUGGACGAGCCGGACUUCAAGCUCCUGUGGAAGGAGACCAUCAUCGGCGCCUUCGAGGGCGGCGCCGCCGGGCGGCAGUUCCCGUGGAUGCUCCCCGUCAUGAAGCGGCUCCCGCUGCCGCUGGUGUCCGCCAUGAACCCCUGCGUUGGCCACCUCCUCCGCUGGCAGGCCGGGGUCAGAGACCAGGUUCGACCCAUCCUGGACCGGACGGACGACGACGACGACGACGACGACGACGACAUCCCCAGCAAGCAAGGGGAUCCGUCUUCGAGGACUACGGUGUUCCACGCCCUGCGCGACAGCGAUCUGCCCCCGGGCGAAAAGAGCCUGCAGCGGCUCUGCGACGAGGCCGAGAUCCUGACGGGCGCGGGCUCCGAGACGACGGCGCAGGCGCUCACGAGGAUCCUGUUCUAUCUCAAGCACGUCCCGGACACGCUGCGACGGCUCCGCGCGGAACUGGACGCGGCGAUGCCAAGCGGCGCGGCCGAGAUGCCCCCCUGGGGCGAGCUGCAGAAGCUGCCCUAUCUGACUGCCGUCAUCCGGGAAGGCCUGAGACUCUCGUACGGAGUCACCACUCGACUGCCCCGGAUCGCCCAUCACGAUAUCGAGUAUAAGGGAUACAGGAUACCUGCUGGAACUCCUGUGUCCCAGACGCCCUAUUUCAUCCUGACGCACCCUUCCGUGUUCCCCGAGCCUCACAGGUUCCGGCCAGAGCGUUGGGUCGAGGCCGAGGCCAAGGGCAGACGUCUUGACAGGUAUCUCGUCUGUUUCGGCAAAGGCAGCCGUCAGUGCCUGGGAAUCAACUUGGCCUACGCCGAGAUGUAUCUCGCAGUGGCCGCCGUCGUCCGCCGCUUCGACUGGGACAUGUUCGAAACGACGCUCGACGACGUCGUCUGCAAGCACGACUUCUUCGUCGCCGUCGCCGACUUGGACAGCAGAGGCGUCCGAGUCAAGUUGUCGUCCCGAGAUAACCGGAGGAUGACAUGA